AUGGCUUCCUCGAUUCCCUAUGCACCGAUCUACCACAAGACCAAAGCAACCAAACAAGCAUUGAAAACACAGGCGAUGCAGCGCCCGACUACUAGAGGGACCACGGGCACCACCGACACAACCGCAACCUCAAGUUCCAAUGGCAGUGCCGCUGCUCUCAAUCGCCGAACAUCUCUCUCCUCAUUCCCAUCCUCCAGAUCGCUCUCGACCAUGUCGCCCCAUUCCAGAAGACCCUCGAGAUCCCCUAAUCCCCAACCCCACGCGAUCGACACCAAUCGCACCUCCGAUCCGAACUCCAAUUCCAAGACGCCUUCGAGCGCUCCAUCGUCCCAGCAUUCCUCACUCUCUGCUCCGCGAAAAUACAACCCAGAUGCCCACUCGCGGAGGAAAUUGCGGUCACAGUACCCGCGCGGCGACACGGAAAACCAUGUCGAGUACAUACUGGUAGCCUCGUUCGAUAUUGACAAAGGCCCGGUUAUGGAACAUCAAUUCCCUGUUGCAAUCACGGGAGACGAGCAUAUGCUUGCAGAGUUGAUGUUGCCAGACCAAGCACAUGUGCGGAACCAAGAUUGGACCAUAUUUUUUCUACAUAAGGAUACUAGCCAGGAAGAGGAGGAAGCAGAGGAGAAGGAGGAACGGCGGCGUAGACGCCAGAGACGGAAAGACCGUGCUGCAGGCCGGCUGGGUCCUGGGGAUGCGGACUCCGCGCAAGAUGCGGAAGAUGCUGAGCUGGAUGGAGAUACUACAGCGGAGGAUUCGGACGAAAGCGAGCCCGAGGGAGGGGAAGGCCCUCCGUUGAUUUAUGUGCUGAAUCUUGUGAACACGAAGCAAGACAAGACCGCCAAACGAGGAGCGGUGCCCUUAUUAUUAUUAGCUCUCGAGGAAUACUUCAAGUCCCCUGUACCGGAAACACUCUCGUCGCUCUACGAUGCCGUGAAUACCAUGGAUCUCUCGCUAAUGCCCAGAUUAAGUCUCCUCGAACGAUAUCUUCUCCAAACUAGCGAAAACAAAGACCUCUUCGUCGAGAAGUUCGAGCAAAUGAUCCAAAUGCGGAUGGCCGAAGAUAGGGGUGAAGCCCCUGCAGAUAUCAUAGGGUUGGCCGAGAGCCCACAGAGGCGUCCAGAUCUCACGCGAAAUGGAACCAAGGCACACAUCAUGGCCCAUUCGCAGUAUUCCGUCCCUCGUGAUACCCACGAGUUUGAGACCAGGGUCAUGUAUAACGGGAUUCCUAUACCUAUCAAAGUACCCGUUGCGAUAAGUCCUGAAACCGUGGGCGACUUCUCGCUCAUCAAACUUAUCCAAACAUUCUCCGAACCACAUGCGAAGUCCCCUCAACCAUUUACUCUUCACUCGCAUCUCACUACGAGUGGGCCGAAUACGCACCCUAUUAUCGUCUUGGCCAACGCCCUACUGACACAAAAACGUAUUAUAUUUCUUGGUCAUAACCGUCCUUCGGGUGAGGUUGCGGAAGCUGUUCUUGCCGCCUGUGCAUUGGCGUCAGGAGGCAUUCUACGAGGCUUUACUCGACACGCAUUCCCGUAUACCGACCUGAGUAAAAUUGAUGAUCUUUUGAAGGUCCCGGGGUUUAUUGCUGGUGUCACAAACCCGACAUUCGAGAAUCAUCCCGAGUGGUGGGAUGUCCUUUGUGAUUUGCCUUCUGGUCGGAUGAAAAUUAGCACUCGGAUCGAGCCAGCUCCACUUACGGAAGGUCUUGCAAAUUUCAUGCAGCAGAAUCCGGCGUAUGCCAAUGCGGCCAACGCAGCACUCUCAAAUAUUCCAGUUUCAGGCGAUCCAACAGGAGAGCAAGCCUUCAUGAGUGACGUGCUUCGCAGCGUUGCCGCACGCCACGGAGAAGCCGUUAUUAGAUCCAAGUGGAGGGAGUGGAUAAUUAAAUUCACGAGGAUUUCGGCUGCAUUUGAGGAAAGCGUGUACGGAGCAAGUGCCCUGUAUAUUGGAGUGGACGAGGUGGACUCUAGUAAUGGAAGUAUUAGUGGACAUGGAUAUGUCUGGGGCGAUGACAUGUCGCGCUUAAAAGAAAUGGCAGCGGGCGUGAGUCGGAUCGAGGGCUGGAGAAGUACAAGAAGCUAUUUCAGCUACAAACAGGAUCUUGCCCAGCUUUACACCUUCCGACCUUUGAAGAGUUUAGACCUGCAUCAUUUACAUGACCGCCUCCGAAUGACUAAAUUGACUCCAGCUGCAAGUCGAGAGAUCUAUGUUGCUCUCUCAAAGUAUGCACACUCCUACGACGAAAUAUGUCAACUCCUCACUGUCGCGCCGGAAUCACACGCCGGCCUCUUCUAUAUAGCUCUGGGUCUCUUCCACAAAGACAAGGAUACCCGGAUAAAAGUUGUUGAUCUCCUGGAACGGAUCAGUGAACAUGAAGCUGGACGACAUUGGUGGAAAUCCCUCAGCCGAUUUGAGAAAUUGGCCUACUUCAGAAUUAAAAGGGAGGCAGAAGCCGAGAUGAGGAGCAAGAUGGGGGAGAAGAAUGGCAUGGAUGAUGUGCCCGGGAUGAUGGUUGACAGGAGAAUCAGCUAA